AUGGCGAUCGGCUCCGGUAGAGAGUUGACAUGGAUCUUUGAGCUGCUUCUCAUCCUGGUCAUGACUACUCAAGUCCGAGCCCAACCUCCUCCCGGGUUCAUAAACAUCGAUUGUGGAUUGAAAAACUUCAGUGCCUACGAGGACGCCAACUUAAAACUGCGGUACAGUUUUGAUGAUGAAUUUGUCGAGGGCGGUGAGAAGCACGAGGUUUUACCAGAGUUCAUGGCUAGCACAAUAGAUGAUAACCAAAACACCCUGAGGAGCUUCCCUGACGGUUCAAGGAAUUGCUAUACACUGCCAGCCACCCCUGGUAAGAAGUAUCUGUUGAGGGCCAUAUUUACUUAUGGCAACUAUGAUAGGUUGAACAAGACUCAGGACGGGUCCCUGUUUCGGUUUGGGCUCUAUGUCGGCGUCAAUUUCUGGGAUUCGGUGGACUUAUCAAAUUGGCGUACAGAUGAUGCGGUAUGGAAGGAGGUGGUCACCGUUGCUACAGGCAGCUCAGUGUCCGUUUGCCUGGUAAAUUUCGGUUCCGGGACUCCUUUCAUAUCUUCUUUGGAGCUGAGGCCACUACUAGAUACCAUGUACCCUUUUGUCAAUACUUCUGUGUCAGUCAGCAUGUUUAUUCGACUCAGAUUUGGCAACAUCACCGAGGUUAUCACAAGAUAUCCAACGGAUAAUUAUGACCGUUUCUGGGGAAGCUAUUCUGUGCGAAUGGGAGACCUCUACCAGUACCCCUAUAUCAGCCUGAACACCAGCGAUAACUUGGAGAACCUCCCAGGCAACGGGUUCAAGGUGCCAUCCGCCAUCUUGCAGAAUGCCAUGAGCAUAGACGCAAACAACUCCAGCAUAACAGUCAGCCUGUCAUCGCUAUCCAAUAAAGACGCUUUGACCCUAAAGCUUCUCCCGAUCUUUCACUUCACCGAGCUAAACGCGAGCAACCCGAACAGGAGGUUCAACAUCUACAGCGCCGGUGAAGGGCUGUUCCCAGGUUUUUCCCCGUCACGAUUAAAGGUGGACAGCUUGUACCAGAGCGGGCUUUUCACGCAGACGGGCGACGCAUACUUCAUCUUAAACAAGACGGCCAGCUCGAGUCUUCCGCCACUCAUCAACGCGUUGGAGGUGUACGCACUUGUUUUGAUGAAGAAUCUCACCACCGACUCUGAUGAUGUAAAGUACAUGAAAGACGUCAAGGCACAAUACAAUUUGGCACGGACAAGCUGGAAUGGAGAUCCAUGCUCCCCAAUAGAGUAUUCCUGGAAAGGAUUGACUUGUGACUACUCUAAGAGCAACCAGAUUCCAAGGAUUAUAACGGUAAAUCUUUCUAGCACUGGACUACGUGGUGGACUUGCCAUAUCAUUUAUGAACAUGACAUCAUUAGAAAACUUGGAUUUAUCACACAACAAUCUGACGGGAGCUAUUCCAGACUAUCAACUGAAGUCACUUAAAGUUCUUAACUUGUCAAAUAACAAGCUAGAUGGACCAAUCCCUCAUUCUAUUCUUCAGCGAGUCCAGGACGGUCUACUGGACUUAAGAUUAGAAGGCAAUCCUAUAUGCUCAAACAAAAAAGAUACAUACUGCUUAGAUAAGACGAAGAAGAGGAAAACCACGCCUAUCUUGCUCAUAGCAGUGAUAGUUCCCGUGGUACUGGUAUCACUUCUAGUAGGAAUGUGCAUACUCUGGAAAUUAUUUUGGAAAGAGAAGUCAACAGACAAUGAGGAUUAUGCUAUGUAUGAAGAGGAAAAUCCCCUACAACUUGACAUCAGACGGUUCACAUACGCAGAGUUGAAGCUCAUAACAAACAACUUCCAAACAAUCGUUGGAAAAGGAGGCUUUGGUAUUGUUUAUCUUGGCAUACUGGAAAAUGGUGAUGAGGUAGCUGUUAAAGUGCUCAUGGAGACAUCAAUAGCAGAGUCAACGGACUUCCUCCCUGAGGUGCAAACCUUGUCAAAAGUUCAUCAUAAGAAUCUCGUGACUUUAAAAGGAUAUUGCCAAAACAAGAAGUGCCUAGCACUCAUUUAUGACUUCAUGCCUGGUGGAAAUCUUCAACAACUUCUCAGAGCAGGAGAGAUAUAUAGUUUGAAUUGGGAACAACGACUUCAUAUUGCACUUGAUGCUGCACAAGGAUUAGAGUAUCUACAUGAGUUAUGCACUCCGUCAAUAGUGCACAGAGAUGUGAAGACCCCCAACAUUCUUCUGGACAAGAACAUGGUGGGAAUAAUAUCGGAUUUUGGGCUUUCACGGGCUUUUAACGAUGCACACACACACAUAUCUACCGUAGCUGCUGGCACUCUUGGCUACCUCGACCCUGAGUACCAUGCAACUUUCCAACUCACUGUCAAGACAGAUGUUUACAGCUUUGGCAUCGUCCUCUUGGAGAUCAUCACUGGACAACCCCCAGUAUUGAUGGAACCUCAAACCAUCCAUCUACCAAAUUGGGUGCGCCAAAAUAUAGCUAAGGGAAGCAUUCACGAUGUUGUAGACAAGAGGUUGUUGGAUCAGUACGAUGUCAGUUCUGUGCAGAGUGCUAUAGACAUUGCCUUGAACUGUGUCGAAAACGCUUCCAUCGACCGGCCGACCAUGACCGAGGUUGUUUCAAGGCUCAAAGUGUGGCUGCCGGCAGUUUCAAGCGAAAAGCAAUCUAUUUCUGGGACUCCGCGAUUUAAGAAACCCAUGGAUACUGAAAUUCCAAAGCAGCUCGAGAUGAUGAUAUCUGGUGUUAGCAACGACGAGAGCUCCUUCCAGUCUGGUCAUACUAGUAGGCCACUGAUAGAAAUAGGCACAUUUUCUGGGCGGUGA